CAAUCGAAGAUAAAUGUGAAAGAAUGUUGUUGCUUUACAAUAAAUUUGUAGAAGACAAUAUAGUUAGUACUGGAGAUCGUGCAGUUAAACCAUACACAGAAACAUUGUGGCAACUCAUUGAAGAACUUACCAGCGCAUUUAAUUCUCCUGAUCCUAAACAGCAUAAUCUUUUCAAGCACGUACAAGAAUUGAACCCAGCUGGUUAUACACGAAUGUUUAAUUUUUAUAGAACUAGUCUUGGUCGAUUGUAUAAUAUAUUGCAUGAAGAAGUUUAUAAAACCAAGAAAGUUACAAAAGGAAGGCGUGUGAAAGAACUAGUUAACGUUUCAGCUAAACAGUAUUUAUUAACUACAAAAGAGAAUUAA